AUGCCUGCAUCGCUAAGCAUUCAGAAAUAAUCAACAUUCUGUGAACCGGCUCCGUUUAUCAUAGACUAAACGAGAUGUCUGCUGAAAAAAGGCAACUGGUAGUCCGUCAAGGAUUUGUUGAUGACAGAGUCGCCGUGCUGGACAUCGCCUCGAACGUGUACUAUGGCUUGGAUUAUCUCCCAGUGUUGUACAAGACACAUUGUGAAGAUCCACAAGUGAUGAACUUCAUCUUGGAGGUCGACGGAAAGGUGGUUGCAUAUUGUGGUGCGGAGAUAAUCAACGAAGGAAGGGGGAUGCUCUUUAUGGGUGCAAGGACGCAUGUUGAUUAUCGAGAGCAGGGUCUCCAGGCCUUUUUGAAUAAAGAGAUGAUCAGGCAACUCAAAAGUCUCUAUCCGAACUUGGAAGAAAAACUAAGUUUAAUUUGGCACAGUAAUAGACUCACGGCUGAGGAUAGGAAGCAAGUAGCAUCUACAAUAUCAAUUUACCACUUCACUCUAUUCAAUCCCGAAGACGUGUCAAGGGCCGAGUGCGGUUUCAAAAAUAACGUCAACCUGAUCGAACAUAUCAACAGCGUACCCUUCAGUGAAAUGAAGACAUUCUUAGAGAUGGCGGACUUCAGACGUCAGUUUCCAUCCAACUGGAUCUGCAUCACACGGCGGUGCUACAAGCUGGAUGUAAUUUCGAAUUUUAGUCCUUCCUAUUGCUUCCCAGAGCGCUUCCUAAUAUCCAAAGAUAAUUGUGGGGAAAUUAACGGUGUGAGUUUUUACAAUUGGAUGGUUGAUGAUGACCAAAAUUGGGAAUGUCACGAAAUUAACAUUUACUGCGAAACGAAAGAGGCUGCUUUGGUCCACUUUGCGAGAAACCUCCAAGAUCUGUUGGAGAACAUCAAGCCUAAACAGGUGCACACCCUAGUGACAUAUCCUGACUUUAUCGGUUGUGCGGAUUUCAACGAAACAUUAAACCAGAAAUUUGGUCUAUCCAGCAAAUGGUCUGGUGGGAAAGUCCCCAGCUUUUUUUCGCUAAGAUACUCGCAGCUUCAUGAGCCAUUUCUAUCCAGAGAUGUUUUCCAUUGAUUUGGGUCUUGGUCGGUCUAUGAGUUAUUAGCAAUGGAUUGUUUGAGGUUUCGGGUGAAAGCGAAAGAAGUGACAGCUCACAUGUUAUGUCCGUAUACAGUGCAUAUAUAUAGGUUAUGGUAUCUCCUUUCAUCUCUGUACUUUUAUUUAUGGUUAUUUAUAUAGUUACAUCUCACACUGUACGUUGCUUAUCUUGCUUAUUUACCUCUGUAAUAACCA